AUGACCGUAAAAAACCCUUCUACUACAAAGGUUUCUUUACAAGUCCCCGCAAAAGUCAAUCCUCAAGUUCGCGUCGGGCCUCUUCGAAAAGAUGGAUAUCACGAUGUCACAUUGGUCUACCAAGCCAUAUCGCUCUAUGACAUCCUCACAGUUUCGUCUAGCUCUCAAGGUCCAAGCAUAUCUAUCGCAGGUAUAGACAGCCACCGUAUUCCAAUAGAUGGCCAAAACCUGGUGAUAAAAGCGGCAAUUCUACUUGGAAAUCAUGUUAAAAUCGAGCCACGGGUACAUUUCGAGCUUGUGAAAUCAAUACCGAUAGAAGCUGGUCUUGGAGGUGGUAGUGCUGAUGCGGCAGCAGCUCUUGUGGGAUGCAAUCUAUUAUGGAAAGCGGAUCUCAGUACAGAUGAUCUCAUGGCUCUGGGUGCACAUAUUGGUGAAGAUGUGCCAUUCUUUAUCAAGGGAAUGAUGGCCCUGGGGAUGGGACAUAAACAGCCUUUGAUUAGCCUGAAAACAAGUAAAUUUACCUGGCAUUGGGUGUUGGGGGUGCCAUUUGGGGGUCUAUCCACAAGAGCUGUGUUUGGGAAACAUGAUGAUAUACUGUCUGGGUCGCUGGAGACUGAAAGGGAGUACUUGCGCAACCGAACAAACUGCAUUCAGACUCCCUGGGGGAUCAAAGAUCCGAUCGAACUCCUGCCUGAUUUGAUCAAUGACCUUGAAAUACCAUCUGCUCAAUUACACCCUGAUAUUACCAGUGCGUUACGAGUAGGACAAUCUGCUGGUGCUAUCUCGAGCUUGAUGAGUGGCUCAGGAUCCACAUGCGCAUUCCUAGCGAAAGAUGAAGCCCAUGCAAGGUCCUUGAUGACAAAAUUGCAAGAAGAGAAGGUUUUUAGAGCUGUUAUACAGGUUUCAGGUCCUGUGGAAGGUGUAAAAAUCAUCAAGAGUUAG